AUGGGGAAGGAGUGCGACCAGCCCCAAAUUGCAGCAUUGACAGAGGCGCUCCAAGUCGGGGUCAAGAUUGAGUAUCUGGACGGAAGUGCCGGACCUGGGGAGGAUCUGCAGAGCUACGUGUGUUCACCCACAGUGGAGUCAACCACGCAGCAAGAGCCUGUGUCAAUCACGCUACUGUAUAGACCGGGACACUAUGAUAUCUUGUAUCCGCGCGAGUCUGAAGAGAAGGAGGCAGAAUAG